AUGCUAUCCCGUGCGACAUCUUACUCGGCAUCUACCAUCUCUAAAAGAUUGGUCCGUCUGUAUUCUCAAUUACCAUUAAAAGUUCCAAUCACUUUACCAAAUGGUAUCAAAUAUGAACAACCAACAGGGCUAUUCAUCAACGGUGAAUUUGUCAAAUCUAAAGAAGGAAAGACAGUUGAUGUCAUUGAUCCAUCCACUGAAAAAUUAAUUACUCCAAUUUAUGAAGCAUUCCAAGAUGAUGUGGACAUUGCCGUUGCCGCUGCGAAAAAGGCAUUCCAUUCGAAUUGGUCACAAUUAGAACCUGAAGCCCGUGCCAAGAGCCUUUUCAAAUUAGCUGAUUUAAUCGAAGAAAAUUCAGAAUUAUUAGCAUCCAUCGAAUCAAUGGAUAAUGGGAAAUCAUUAACUUGUUCACGUGGUGAUGUAGAUUUGGUAUCUAAAUACUUACGUUCCUGUGCUGGUUGGGCUGAUAAAUUGAAUGGAAACGUUAUUAAUACGGGGAAAGAUCAUUUCGCCUACACAACAAGAGAACCAUUGGGUGUUUGUGGUCAAAUAAUUCCAUGGAAUUUCCCUCUCUUAAUGUGGUCUUGGAAAAUUGGUCCAGCUUUGGCAACGGGGAAUACUGUCGUAUUAAAACCUGCUGAAAAUACUCCAUUAUCUGCUUUGUUUGCAUCUCAAUUAUGUAAAGAGGCUGGGAUUCCAAACGGUGUCGUUAAUAUUAUCCCAGGUUCAGGGAGAAUAGUGGGUGAAAGUCUUUGUAAACAUCCUGAUAUUAAAAAAAUUGCAUUCACUGGUUCCACUCGUACUGGUAGUCAUAUCAUGAAAACUGCUGCUGAUACCAUCAAAAAGGUUACUUUAGAAUUAGGUGGGAAAUCGCCAAAUAUUGUUUUUGCUGAUGCUGACCUAGAUAAGGCAGUGAAAGAUAUUGCUUUCGGUAUCUUUUAUAACUCAGGUGAAGUUUGUUGUGCCGGUUCAAGAGUUUACGUUCAAGAUUCUGUCUAUGAAGAAGUUUUACAAAAAUUUAAAGCAUAUACUGAAACUUUGAAAGUGGGUAACCCAUUUGAUGAAUCAAAUUUCCAAGGUGCACAAACUUCAAAGCAACAAUUGUCGAAGAUUUUAGAUUAUGUUAAAAUCGGUACUAAAGAAGGUGCUCGUGUCAUCACUGGUGGUGAAAGAUGUGGUAAGAACGGUUAUUUCGUUAAACCAACUAUUUUCGCUGACGUAAAGGAAGACAUGAAAAUUGUUAAAGAAGAAAUUUUCGGCCCAAUUGUUACCGUUUCUAAAUUCUCGACUGUUGAUGAAGUAGUAUCAAUGGCAAAUGAUUCUCAAUAUGGCUUAGCUGCUGGUAUUCACACUAAGGAUGUAAACAAGGCCAUUGAUGUAUCAAAUAGAUUAAAUGCUGGUACUAUUUGGAUUAAUACUUAUAACGCAUUUCAUCAAAACGUUCCAUUCGGUGGUUUUGGUCAAUCUGGUAUUGGUCGUGAAAUGGGUGCUGCUGCAUUAGAUAAUUAUACCCAAGUUAAAUCAGUCAGGAUGGCAAUUACAAAACCAAAAUAUUAA